GUGCUCUCCAGCAGUCGGAGAUAGCGCGUCGCAGGAAGGUUUUACCACCAACAAAAUGGCGGAAGCGCCUGUGCGGUGACAUGCCUCAGAGAUGAAGAGGGUGGGAGUCUGGUCACGUGAUUUCACGCGUCAAGAUGGCGGCGCCCAGUAAGGAGUGACCUCGGAAAGCAGUGAUGGGUAGAAUAAACGAUUCUCCUGGUGAUUAAAUUGCAGGGGCCUCACAUCCGGUACAGUGACAGAUAGGUGCACCUGAUGGACGCUCCCCAGGGGCCCGGCCCUUCCCUUCCUGGCGGCAUACAGGACCCGGAUUCUGUGCAGAGCGGCUGGGACCGGGUCAGAGAGCUCUACCAGCGCAAUGAACGCGGUGAAUACUCACAGGAAGCCGACUUCAUAGUGAAGAGCGCGGUGAUUGGGGCUGUGGUCGGUUUUGUCUAUGGCGGCGUCCCAGCAGCUCGUCAUAGCCGGGAACACUACAUAAAGCAGAGCCAGGCCGAGAUCUACCGCCACCGGGCGGAGGCUCUGAUAUCAGCGCGACAUGCAGCUAAUCGAGGAUUUGUUCGCUAUGGGUUCCGCUGGGGCUGGAGAAUUGCAGCGUUUGUUACCAUUUUUAAUAGUGUGAAUUGCGGCCUGUCAGCGUAUCGGGAUAAAGUUGCGAUCACUCACUUUGCAGUAGCUGGAGCGGUCACCGGGGGACUGUUCCGGCUGAAUCUGGGACUCCGGGGACUGAUUGGCGGCUCGGUCAUUGGAGCGUUAUGUGGGGUCCCCUUCGGAGCUGUAAUAUCAGGGUUACAGACUCUGACAGGAGAGGAUCUGUAUGAGCAGAAGCGCAGACAUCGGAGAGAGUUAUAUGAGAGUAAUCUGCAGCAGUGGGCCGCCCAGCUUCAGCUCACAGACACAGUGGUGAAGGACCUGAGCCAGGCGGAUAGAGAGUCGGCCAUGACUGAGGCGGAGAGAAUCAAUCAUCUGCUAAAUUUGCCCAGUAACCCCGGCCCAGCCCCGCAGCAGAGCGAGGAACCGUGACCCAUCGGAACAGCUGCCACCGCCUCGCCGACACACGUGUACGGUUAUCCGUGUUCUGUAAUGCUAGCAUAUAAUGUGGCGUGAGCCUGUGUACGUGGCCGCGCCGUCACCAUGAUGCGAGAGGGCGGAAGACCCGCUACCCCACUGCAAUAUGAGGAACAGAAUCCACGCCGCAAUCUCCACAUGAAGCUUCUCUGGUCCCAGGGGAACGUGUUACAUGUAUGGUGGGGGUAGAAAGGCAGAUAAUAGACUAUAGACCUAUGACUUGUGCCAUAAUAUGUACAGAGGCUUCUUUCUUACAAUAUAUUGUGUCCAAAACUGAAAAGUAA